UAGAAAUUGAGCCCAUCGUUUUCCCCCGUCGGCGGCCGCGGGCUUCAAGAGGAUGGACAGGCACGACGAGCUACAACUGCCUCAGAUGUCCGAACUAAGCAUCGGUGCGACACUGCAGGUGGAGCGCCGUGCGUCGUCCGACCGAAUGGAUAAGAUGAUGAACAGUGCACUGCUGCCUCCACCGCCGGCGCCAACGUCGUCAUUCGGGUUCAAUCCCAGUGGCGUUCCAGGGAGCGGCACGUCACAGCCCAUCAUUGCGUCGCUGCCGUUGGAACUGAUGCCGCCUGGAUCGACGAAGAAACCAAAAUUGCUUGUCCUUGGCAUGGGAUACACCGGGUCCCGUGUCGCAGCGGCGUUCCGCGAAAAGCUCGGGUUUAGCAUCUGCGGCACCGUGCGCAGUGCGCGCGCGAAGCUCGACUUGAUUGGAAAAGGCAUCAAGCAAGUGUACUUUAUGGACAACGGCCAGCUCGAAAUCGAUUCGUUUCGGCUGUUGGAGGACGUCACGCAUGUCCUCAUGUGCAUUCCGCCUCGCGUUCCUCCCGAUACCGACCUCACCAACGACAACACAAAAGACUUGGUGCUGGAUGCCCUGCACACGGAGCUCAAGAAGCUGUCAACGCUGCAGUGGGUAGGCUACAUCUCGUCCGUGUCUGUCUACGGCGACAGCCACGGUGCAACAAUCGACGAAACCGCUCCGUUGGGAGCUGGCACGAGCCGUGGCCGCUUGCGCAUCCUCACGGAAGCCCAAUGGCUUGAAUCAGGUCUCCCUGUCCACGUCUUCCGCGUCGGCGGGAUCUACGGCCCAGGUCGCGGUGCAAUCGCUCAAAUUCAGCAAGGUGUUGCGCGGCGCAUCGGUGAUCUCCCUGACAAAGUAUUCAACCGUAUUCAUGUCGACGACAUUGUCAAUAUCCUGUUGCAGUCUGUCGCGCUUCCGAAGCCCGGCAGCAUCUACAACGCCGUAGACGACGAGCCGGCCACUGGCUUUGACGUCGUCACAUACGCGUGCAACCUAAUGCACGUGCCACCGCCGUCGCCAAUUUCGUGGGCCGAGGCUGAGGCGACCAUGUCUGCGAUGGGCAAGUCGUUUUUUGAAGAGACGAAGCGGGUGUCCAACGCCAAAGUCAAAGCCGAACUGGGGGUCACGUUCCUGUACCCCACCUACCGCGAAGGCCUCGCGGCGCAGUUAGCUCAGGAGGCAGACGAUGCCGACGAUGCAUACCCCGCUUCCACAUCGUCGCCCACCCACGCCACACACCACCAUGCAUCGAGUCGGCGCCGUGGCAGGACACACGUUUGCUUUGUAGUGAAUCGCGGCGCAUUGAAGACGGAGCCUUGCCUGGACUUGCGCGCCGUGUGCGCCAAUCUAACAAGGAGAUUCGACGAAUGCGUUCGGUUCGUCCCGGUCAGUUGCUCGCUAUCGGACCAGAUCCCUGCGUCGCAGUUGCAUGGAGAGCAAGCGCAGUUGUUUGACGCGGCCCUGGCAAAAGUGUCGGAGGCUGAGACCGGUCCGCUCGACUUGGUGCUCUUGCCCCUCUUCAUCGGCAACAGCGGCGCCAUCACAGAGUACAUUCCGACCACGAUCGACGCCAUACAACGGGCUCGAAGCGCUGCCGGGGUGCCGUACCUGCGGUACUCGAUGGGCCGGUGCCUUGUCGACAUUAGUAAGCCAUCGGACAACCGGGUUGCAAGAAUACUGGCCCAAAAAGUCCAAGCAUUAUGCCCUCCCGGAAAGAAGGACGAGCUAGGCGGAGUGCACGUCCUCGUGGUGAACCACGGCACGGCCAACAAGGAAGUGCAUCUGUCUCGGGACCUGCUUGGGUCGCAGCUCGCCAAAGUGCUUGGGAACACGGUGGAUGCUGUUCAGACAGCGAGCAUGGAAGGUCUGGGCAAAGACUUCAACGAGCCGCUCCUCGAGGCAGCGUUUGACGUGUACAAGAUGCACUCGGGUCUCGUCAUCAUCGCGCUCUUGUUCCUCUCGUCAGAUCAAUACACUGGAGCUGGCGGCGACAUCGACGCAAUCGUCCAACGCGUCAAAGCCAAGAAUCCCAAUCUCGACGUGGCUGUCACAACCCCCCUUGGAUCGCACCCCAUCCUAACAGACAUGCUGACGGACCGGUACUUUGAGGCCAUCAAGGACUGGUAAGCGCACACCGCUGCGUCGAGUAACACGCAUCUGCCGCCAUCAACCCUGCAAUAAAUCCCCCACACCACCACCAUCCCC